GACACCUGUCGACCCCCUUGUUCGCAGGGCAAAAUUAGAGCAGCUCACGGCUCACCCAACAUAACAACAGUAGUGAUGAAUUUCAAGAACAUGGGAUCGGAUGGGCGGCCGGUGAGUGGAUCGGCUGCUGGGGCGGCGAUGCCGUUGGCGAGGCAGUCGUCGAUAUACUCCCUGACGUUCGAUGAGUUCCAGAGCACGCUGGGAGGGAUGGGGAAGGAUUUUGGGUCGAUGAACAUGGAUGAGUUUUUGAAGAACAUCUGGACUGCGGAGGAGAGUCAGGCCAUGGCCGCGGCUUUGGCUGGCUCUGAUGGGUCUGGACUUGGUGCUGGUGGUCCUGGUUUGCAGAGGCAGGGAUCACUGACGCUGCCGCGGACGUUGAGCCAGAAGACGGUGGAUGAGGUCUGGCGAGAUCUUAUUAAGGAAGGGAGCUCCACGGCGGUUCAAGGGGUUGCUGGUCCUGAGAUUCAGCAGAAGCAGCAGCAGCAGCAGCAGCAGCAGCAGCAGCAGCAGCGGCAGCCCACUCUUGGGGAGAUGACACUUGAGGAGUUUCUUGUUAGGGCUGGGGUUGUCAGAGAGGACAUGAACAUGAACAUGAAUAUGAACAUGAAUAUGAAUAUGAACAUGAAUAUGAAUCAUUCUGCUUCUAGGCCGAUUAUUAGUAGUUCUAUAAGUACAGUUAACACUGGUGGUGUUAGUAGUAACAGUGUGUUUUAUGGUGAUGUGCCGUCUUCAAAUUCUGCCACUGGAAUUGAGAUUUCAUUCCCUCAGAUUGGAAGGAGUAAUGGUGGUAUAGUACCGAGUUCAAUAAGUAAUAGCCCUGGGACUAAUUUGCCUAUUACUGCCACAGGAACGAGGUCUUAUGUGGCUCCAAUGGGUAAUCAUCAUGGUCUGAGAGGGGGAGGGAUGGUUGGGAUUGGAGAUCCGGCAAUGGGUAAUGGACUGAUGCAAGGGAUGGUGGGACUUGGAGUGGGAGGUGUGACUGUGGCUGCGGCAGUUGGGUCACCAGCUAAUCAGAUUUCAUCAGAUGGCCUUGGUAAGGGGAACGGGGAUCUUUCUUCUGUUUCUCCUGUUCCUUAUACUUUUGGAGCUGGACUGAGGGGGAGGAAGUGCAGUGCAGUGGAGAAAGUUGUGGAGAGGAGACAAAGGAGGAUGAUUAAGAACAGGGAGUCGGCUGCGAGAUCACGGGCAAGGAAACAGGCUUACACCAUGGAGUUGGAAGCUGAAGUUGCUAAACUUAAAGAGCAGAACCAAGAGUUGGAGAAGAAACAGGCUGAGAUAGUACAAAUGCAGAAGAAUCAGGUACUAGAGAUGAUUAAUCAACAGCAUGGACCUAAAAGACGCUGCUUGAGGAGGACACAAACAGGCCCAUGGUGAAGUAACAAUGCUGUGACAAGUUUAACAAAAAUAAACAAUAUCUCGUUUGACAGAUAGUUUGUAAAUAUAGAAGGGAACACAUCUCGUCUUGUAAAUUAGUAGCGUUAUCCUGUAGAGUAAACUCCAACCAUUCUUCUGUUGUUUGUUAUGAGAUCAUAUUUGCCGGUUUGGAGAUAGAGAGAAUCAGUGUACUUUUCAGAUUUGUGUUGUACUAUCAUCAAAACUUUGCUCGGCAUGGAUCUCUCAUGGCCUGAUUCCAUGUACUAGAACCUGUUUUUGGGUCUUGUAGCUGUCAUUUACUCUGUGAUUGCAUCGUGAGGUUUGUAAUUUUUCCUAAUUUUAUGA